AAUGCUGCACAUGAUUUUGGCAUUAUUAUACUGGUUCCCAGUUUGUUUUAGAAUAGAUUUUUUAAACAUUAAUUACACCAUAAGGCUCCAGAAUACAUUGUUGUUUACUGUGCUUCAAGAGGUUAUCAGAUCAGUGCAGCAUUCUUUUAGUAUACACGAGGGAAACCGGAGACAUGUCUGCACUGUUUAUAGACUGGUUUUUAAUCGGCACAUUGCAACAUCAACAACCAACAGUACAGGGGUGCCCUCUAGUGGCCAUCAGGAGCAUUACUAUGAUCCAGUCUCUCACUGUGUAUUCCUAGAGACUAAACUCCGCAACCUCAGACGCAAUCUCGAGCAAGGGCAGAGGCGUUAUAGGAAGCGAAAAGUGACCAGUGACUGCACUGGACCUGAGAAACCUGAUGCAACAGAGGAUGCCAGCAGCACAAAUGAGUGGGUCACGUUGAUGAAAUGAUUGCGGCCGUCAGCUGAGAACCUUUCAUCAAUCAAGUCAGGCAUGGAGAAAACCUACACCUGUCGCAGAUCCUGGAUUACUAAGAACUCUCCCACUGUUGCCGAAAUAUUCAACGAGUACCCACGGUUUUUAGACAUGCCAAGUCUGCUGGACUCAGAGUUUGGCACACUUACAGGCGGAAAGAUGGACCUCUUUUACUGAAGAUGGGAGGCCAACAUCAUUCCCAAACUCAAAUCAGUGGCUGCCUUGGAACCAAGAGUGUCCCCUCUGUUGAAGGAUAUUGAAGAGAAAACUGAAGAUGAGACGUGUUACACUUUCCUAGUGUUGCUAACACACCUGCUGCCCCCGAUUGGUGCCAGUCGUUGCAGUCUGAAAUUGGCAAUAACACACCUGGUUGAUUUUACAACACCUGGAACGAGUAUUGCAUCGCUUUGUCAUGAUCCUGUAACACCAUCCACUACUCAACAACCACAGCUGAUAUGCAUCGGUGAUCUGAAGAGUAUGACCAAGCAGUAUGUCAUUGUUGCUAAGAAUGACAAAGUAACCAUUCCUCUGGAUGAUGGCCUGACGUGUUCUGUGGACAAGCUUUUCAAACUGUACUGGGUGUGUAAUUUGUCAUACCCAGCACCACUCAGCUCUGUCUUCACGUUUUUUGAGUAUGUCUACGACCUGCCAUUCUCUGGACAAAGGAAAACCAAAGUACUGGAGUUGAUUUCACAGCUUAAAGCACACUAGUAAACCAAAAUGUUCACCUGUCCAAAAUGUGGGGAGUCUGUGUUCCCAGAGGUAAGAAACCUCAUUUGGCAUGUUCGCGAGAUACAUUGCUUAUCAGAUGGACAAAACAUGACAAUUAUAUGCAGCCAAGAUGGCUGCCCAAGGACAUAUCAUAAUUUACAUUCAUUUUCAAAACAUCUCCAUAGAGCUCAUUCCAUACCAUCAACAAAUGCUGUCUCAGUUCAAUCCAUUUAUCAGGGAGGAGCGUUGAACAAUUUAGUUGAAACUGAUAAUCCUAUUUCUGAUGUUUUGGAGAUGUCCACUGAUGCUGUACCAUCAGAGUCAAGGAAACGGUCUGAUCUUGGUGAUUGUGCAGCCUCUUUUGUGGCCCAGAUGUAUGCAUCGUCAAAUGUGACUUUAUCGGAUGUGACAAGGAGUGUUAACUGUACAAAGGAGUUGCUUGAGAGAACUGUGGACAGCUUGCAACAGUCAACUGCUUCGUUGUUGAGUAGUCUAGAUGUACCACAUGACAGUGAGGCUGUUAACGCAUUAAUGGAGGAGUUUGAACAUGCUAAACACAUAUUUAAAAAUGUGGACACGCAAUAUAAAAUGAACAAGUACUUCAGUGAGAAAUUUUCCUUUGUUAAACCAAAAGAAAUUUUCCUGGGUCACAGGUCUGAUACCGUAAGAAAGGAUGGUCAAAUGAAACAGAUUUUGGCAGCAGACACAUGUCAGUACGUAUCCAUCAUUGAAACUUUAACUUUUCUUUUCAAACAUAAGGAAAUGCAGGACCUGUUUCUACAGAAUAAGAGCAGCACUGAUGACAAGAUGCGUGAUUACUGUGAUGGCUCUCAGUUCUCCUCACACCUGUUGUUUAAUAUGCACCCUGAUGCUCUUCAGAUACAACUCUAUUUUGAUGACUUCGAAACAACAAAUCCUUUGGGUUCCAAGACAAAAAUACAUAAGAUGGGAGCUGUGUAUUUUACCUCGAAGAAUUUCCCACCAGAGUGUAAUUCUUCACUUUCCAAUAUUCACCUUUGCCUUCUCUUCAACUCAAUAGACAAAGAGGUAUAUGGAUUUGACAAGAUUUUGCAACCAUUUCUGGAUGACUUAAGAUUUCUUGAAAAGACUGGUCUAACAGUGGAGUUACAAGGUAAAAGCCAUAAACUGUAUGGCACAGUUUGCCUGUUAACAGCAGAUAAUUUGGCCAUGCAUUCACUUUGUGGAUACCUUGAAAGUUUUUCUGCAAACAAAUUCUGUCAGUUUUGCAUGAUUGACAAAAAAAAAUGCACAGUUUAUAUAUGAUGAGGAUGAAGUUGAGUUGCGUACCAAAGACAAUUAUCAGCACCAUGUCACUCUAAAUGAGCCAAGCACCACAGGUGUGAAAGAGGACUCCUGCUUGAAUAAGCUUCAGUAUUUUCAUGUAACAGAAAACAUAAGUGUUGAUAUCAUGCAUGAUAUACUUGAAGGAGUUGCCCCUUUAGAGAUAAAAUUAAUGCUGCGCCAUUUUAUUUAUGAGGAGAAGCUGAUUACUUUGGAAGAGCGGAAUGACCGAAUUUUAAGUUUUCAGUAUGGAUAUGGAAAUGUAAAAAACAAACCAAGUGUCAUAAUGAACUUGAGGUCCAGUGAGAAUGCAAUUAAACAGACAGCAUCUCAAAUGUGGUGCCUUUUACUGGUCUUGCCCUUUUUAUUAGGAGGUCUUGUAGACAGAAAAAGUCAACAUUGGCGCUUAUUUAUUCUACUUAGGGAAAUAUGCAGCAUCAUCUUUGCACCAGUUGUUACAAAUGGGCUUGCUGUUUACCUAAAAGAGCUGAUAAAAGAGCACCAUAUUCUCUUCAGACUACUUUAUGACAAAAAUCUCAUUCCAAAACAUAAUUUUAUGAUACAUUACCCGAGGAUGAUGAUUUUGUUUGGGCCUCUGUCUAAACUUUGGUGCAUGUGAUUUGAAGCCAAGCACAAUCCAUUUAAAAGACUAGCACAUGCAGUUUGUAACUUUAAAAAUGUGUCAAAGACAUUGGCUUUUAAACAUCAGGUUCAACAGAUGUAUCACUAUAAGCAUUGUGAUAAUUUAUUUAAGAAAAUAGAUGUGACCAAUGCCUAUCUUGUUAGUGUAGGGUCAUUGAAAAAAGCUGAUAUUUUGUUAGAAAAUUUGAGGUUAACUCUUGAAACUGACCUUUCUUUGACCAGUACCAUAUUUGUGUCUCACAGUGUUGAUGUAUGUGGGCAGGCUUAUAGAACUGGUUCUAUACUGCCACUGGGAACAGACCAUAGAGAUGAACGUUUGUUUGGUGAAGUCAUUCAUAUCUUGCCACAGGCAAUAAAUGAGUCGAUUCUUUUCUUUGUGAGGAUCCUAAGCGUCAAGUACUUUGAUGACCAUUUUUAUGCCUAUGCAGUCCAAAGAACAAAAGAAUAUGAACUGAUUACACUGGCUGAAACUUCAGAUUUCCGGCCUUUAGAUAUUAUGACAAGCCUUGACACCAGUGAGCUGUAUUUGAUCCCAAGGUACAAAAUUGUAUAGCUUGAAUGUUAGUUCAUGUAAAUGUGUUUUGCACUUGUAACGCAACUUUCCAAUUGUUAAAUGUUGAAAACACUAAGAUGACGAAUGUUUCCCAUUACCUGUUUUUAUGUUUUCAAUGCCAUGUAUUCUGUUUCGACAUGGUUAUAUCAGAAUAGACAUGGUAAAUGUGUUGGUAAAAAUUAAGAUAAAAGUGCACUGUUUUAUGGUUGUGGACAUUUUAACAAUCCAAAGUAUUCACUUACAGAGUUAUAAAGUUAACUAUUUUGUUAUAUUGAUGAGUCCCUAAAACAAAAAUUGUCUUCACAU